CAAAGCAGAAAAAAUUAAGUGAAGGUUGUAGGCAUCUUGCAGCUUGCUUCGUUCGUUGACACGAGGCACAUCAAUUGACAAGAUGGCGGCCGAGGUGGCACCUCUGCAACGACUGAAGCUGCCCGCGGGCCCUUCAGUAGUCACUGCGGAGCAAAAGUACUGGCGAACCUUCAAGAACCAACUCGUUAUUCCGACGCCGACCGAAGUCCCUGUCACCCACAUUACGGCGCCCGUCGCGAACGAAAAGGGAGACAGCACCGACCUGUUCGCCGUCACUGCCGGCCCGCGGGUGCAGAUCUACUCGGUCAGGACGAGGAAGCUGGUCAAGACAUUCACGCGCUUCGGAGACAAUGCACGGAGUGGCGAGAUCCGACGCGAUGGUCGCAUCCUGGUCGCUGGAGAAGACUCGGGGAGAAUUCAAGUCUUCGAUAUCAAGUCCAGAGCAAUCCUCAAGACAUGGACACAACACAAACAGCCCGUGUGGACAACAAAGUUCUCGCCCACCGAUCUCACUACCCUCAUGAGCGCUAGCGAUGAUCGCACUGUUCGGUUGUGGGAUCUGCCUAGCUCCGAAAGCACCACAGUCUUUAAUGGCCAUUCAGACUACGUUCGCUCAGGUGCCUUCAUACCUGGCACCAUGAGUAACUUAUUGGUCAGUGGUAGUUACGAUAACACGGUGCGCGUCUGGGAUCCACGAACCCCGAGCUCUUCAUCUUCUGUGAUGGUGUUCAAGCACCAGGCGCCUAUUGAAGACGUCCUACCUCUUGCAUCUGGCACGACCGUUCUCGCCUCUUCAGGAAACCAGAUAUCCGUUUUGGACUUAGUCGCGGCUAAGCCUCGCCAUCUUAUUACAAACCACCAGAAGACUGUCACUUCUCUGAGUGUUGCCUCCAAUGGCCGUCGUGUCGUAUCAGGUUCCCUCGAUGGCCAUAUCAAGAUUUACGAGACCACGGGUUGGAAUGUAGUUGCCGGUGCCAAAUAUCCAUCUCCCAUUCUCGCUGUGCGCAUUGUAACCGCUGGCGCCAAUGAUGAUGAUAGACAUUUGGCCGUGGGCAUGCAGUCCGGUGUGCUGUCAUUGCGUACACGUCUAACAGGCCCCGAAGCAGCACGCGAGCGUCAACGAGAAAAGGAGAUGGAGGCGCUUCUUGCAGGCACCAUCACCAAACAUGACAAUGCCAAAAACAAGCGGAAGAAGCAAGCCUCGGCCACCAAGCGUUUAGAGAUGGUAGGCGAAGGUGCGGAUGUAGUAAUAGCAAACGAUCUCGCACGCCCCAAACGGGAACAGCCCUGGCAAAAAGACUUACGGCAUGGCAAUUUCAGAAGCGCAUUGGACCGCGUGCUUGAUCCGAUGUCGAAGGAUCAUGGUCCAUUGACAGUUCUGACGUUGCUUGUGGCGCUACGUCACCGCAGUGCUCUACGUGACGCUCUCGAGGGUCGCGACGAGAUCUCCGUACAGCCGAUUCUCAAGUGGGUGCAGCUACACAUCGUCGACCCACGGUACGUGUCUAUAUGCACAGAUGUUGCGACGCACUUACUAGAUUUAUACGUGGAAUUUGCGGAUGAGAGCGCGGAACUUGCCGCAGCUUUUAGGCUACUUUACCGUCGCGUCAAGCUUGAGGUUGAGAGAGCCCAAAAGGCGAUCCAGACCAGUGGCAUGCUAGACAGUCUUCUAGUCGGCUUCGAUUGAUGCUCCCAGCAAAUCAUAAAGCCUUCUCUUAAAGAGUCUUAUUAUUGCUCUACUGAGUCCUAAUCGUCCGACGACGAGGCAAUAGAAGCACCAUUGGCGCUGGGAAGGCGUCAAGAUCUAAUAUAGACGCAUGGAUAAAAGUGCGACUUGUUUUGCAGAGACGCAAGCUGCCACUUGUAUAGCUAAUUGCUUUAUUUGGCUAUAUUGCAUUGCGACGGCGUUCAUGGCUUGUUUACUUGCUUGCCUACACAUAAUUGUAGCCAAGAUAGGGAAAGGAAAAGGGAAAGAAAGGAGAAGAAAUGAUAUACACACGUCACAAAUACUUUGUAUGUUACGUAUACUAUUCGAUUGCGUGUUGACGUAGAUUCGAGUGUCAAUGAUACCUUGAUAUGUCUAGGUUGGUACCAAUUUGUUUCUCUAGAGGGAGGCAAUGAGAAUGAAUAUGCUUGAGCCUCUA